CGAGUCAGUCACCAACGAACCUUAGAAUCGAGCAGUCGCCAUGCAAUGCACGCGUCCGUAGAGCGACACACAAAUACAAAAGAAUAAAAAAAUAAAAUAAUCAAAAAAAAACGACACCAACAAAAAAAGAAAACACACUGACAGCGCAACAACAAAACGAACAGACAGCAAAACCAAUACACUGACACACACACACACAUUAAUACGAACUGAGACUGAGGCUCACAUACACACACCUACACUCACACACACAGCGAAAGAGUCUGAGAAAAGCAGAGAUUUACAAGUGCAAGCAAAAGCAGCAGCAGCAGCAGCGAAAAAGUCUUCUGCGCCCAAAAAUAGAGUGAAACGUGCAUAUAUUUGUUGUUGUUGUUGUAAAGCAGGAUAAAACGGAAACUAACCUACAUUUUCGCGCUCUUUCGCACGCUUUCGCACAAGCCAACCAGCCAGCCAGUCACUACACAAAUACAGAAGCCUCACACACACACAAAUACAGUCAAACACACACAUACACAAACAGCAACUGUGACGCCUGAGCUCGUGCUCUCUCGUUCCCGCGCUCGCGCUUCCUUCGCACACACUGAAGUAAAAGCAGAAGCAGUAGCCGAAGCCGAAGCAGAAGCAAAAGCAAAAAAAGAAAUCAACAGUAAAUUGUAAUAACACUUCUCAGCUUAAGGUGUGUGCGUGCACCGUUGUCGUCCAUGUGCUUACUCUUCUGGUUCUUGUUGUUGUAGUCGAGCAUUAUUUGUGUGUGUUAGUGUGUGUACGCGUGUAUGUGUCUGCGUGCGUGCGUGUAUGUGUGUCAAACAAUGUGCGUGCCAGUGCUUUUUUUCGCCUUUGCCGUUGUCGUUGCCUGCUGCGCCUCCGCGUCCGUUUCCUUUGCCAACAUUGUUGCAUAGAGAGCCGCGAGACGACGCGAUUGCGACUAAAAUAAAAAUGUAAUUAAUGUAAAAUACAUACGCACACACAAACAUACACAUUCACAUGCUCGUACAUAUUAUACUAAGUACACAAAAGCCACAAAACAACUGCUAAACUAAAACAAAAGCAGCGUACAACAACACCAACAACAAAAACAACGAGAACAGCAGCGAGAAGAGUAAGAGUAAGAGCAAUAAUAAUAACAAAAGUGUGCCCAGCUGGGGCCAAUUGAAGUCGCCGCAGUGAAAGCAAACGCAAAAGUGAAGUGCUAAAGGAAAUUGCAGUAAGCGCAAAAAAGGAAAAAAAAAGAAAAAGCGAAUACGAAUACGAAUGCGAAUGCGAAUAUAAAUAGUAACUGGUGCAUUGGGCAAAUUGAAAUGUAAAUACGCCCCAUAUCCCUCCCCCCAAAAACCACCCAAACACAUACACACGCAUGCAGCUGCAUAUAUAUGAGUGUGUAAGUGUGCCUGUGUGUGUAUUUCUACUGUGCGAUUACAUAAAGAAAACAGCAGCAGCUGCAAUUGCAACAAAAUGCAAUUAGCAAUAUUUAAAGUAAUCAGCCACAAAGCACAAAAUCGAGGCGAUGCCAUUAUUGGAAACUGUCAAACUCGUCAGAUUUGCAUAGCUUUAGCUACCACUACACUCAAACACACACAUAGGCGAGCAAUCUCACACGUACACAGUCGAAACUAAUCUAUACUUACACACAUACAACUAUAAUAUAGAGAGAUGCUCCACAUCAUGAAUGAGUCGAACGUGGUGGUGAGCCAAACAACAACAAAAGCAAUAACAACAAAAACAGCAGCAGAAGCUACGAUAACUACAAGAAAAGCAACAACAAAUGCAAAAGAGCACUGAGAAAUGUUAACAAAGGCGACAAUAUUAACGCUAAACACGACGACGAUCCCAAUGUACUGUACGUGUGUGUGAAGAGAACAACAACAACAACAACAACAACGCUUUAAGCUUUAAGCAGCACCCAACAAAACAGCAAUCGACUGUGUGUGUGUGAAACAGAGAAUAAAACGAGAGCGUAAGAGUGAGAGAGAGAAGCAGCAAGACAUGCAGCUGCGAUAAGAGAGCAAUAGCAAAACCGCAAACCUCAACCGCAAAAGGCACAAGGAGAUAAACAAGGACAAUCAGUCAAAAUGAGUGAUGAUCAAACGGUAGCCGCACAGAAUGAUGAUAAAGUUGCCAAACAGCAAGUCGUUGCCUACACGCAAAAGUCGCAGGUCAAGCACGAGAAUCGCCACAUUCAGCUGGUGCGGGAGUAUGGCUUCCAUCCGCGGACGAAGGCCUCUGUGGAGGAUGGCGAUGUCCUGCCCCGCAAAUUUGAGCCCUUUCCGGAGCACAUGUACGGCAAACCGCUCGAGGAGAUUGACACCUUCAUAUACGAAGAGACAUUUUGCGUGGUCUCCAAAAGAUUCCGCAAGAACUACAUACAUCGCUUUACGGGCACCAAAAGCCUUUUCCUCUUCCAUCCAUGGAGUCCAUGGCGUCGUGUGUGUGUCUACAUUGCAACCAAUCAAUUCUUCGACUAUUGCGUUAUGGCGACCAUUCUAUUCAACUGUAUUUUCCUAGCCAUGACUGAGACUGUGGAGGAAGCUGAAUAUAUCUUCCUAGCCAUUUACUCAAUUGAAAUGGUAAUCAAAAUCAUUGCCAAAGGCUUUUUGCUCAACAAGUAUACCUAUUUGCGUAAUCCAUGGAAUUGGCUGGACUUUGUGGUCAUCACUAGUGGUUAUGCGACCAUUGGCAUGGAGGUUGGCAAUCUGGCCGGGUUGCGUACGUUUCGUGUUUUACGAGCCCUAAAAACAGUAUCCAUUAUGCCUGGGCUCAAGACGAUCAUCAAUGCAUUGCUACAUUCGUUUCGCCAAUUGGCCGAGGUCAUGACUCUGACCAUCUUCUGCCUAAUGGUCUUUGCCCUCUUCGCCCUGCAAGUCUACAUGGGCGAGUUGCGGAACAAAUGUGUGCGCACUGUGCCCGCGGAUUGGACAAACAUCUCGCACCUGGACUGGCAAAUAUGGGUCAACGAUACGGACAACUGGCUGUACGAUGAGGAAGAAAUGCCCAUGCUGUGUGGCAAUCUGACUGGUGCUCGACACUGCCCCCUUGGCUUCAUGUGCAUCUGUGUGGGCGAGAAUCCCAAUCACGGCUACACGAACUUUGACAACUUCAUGUGGUCCAUGCUGACGACAUUCCAAUUGAUUACACUCGACUACUGGGAGAACGUCUACAAUAUGGUGCUAGCAACAUGUGGUCCAAUGAGUGUCUCAUUUUUUACUGUGGUUGUGUUUUUUGGCUCAUUCUACUUAAUUAAUUUGAUGUUAGCUGUAGUCGCGUUGAGUUACGAGGAGGAGGCGGAAAUCACAAAUGAGGAGCGUAAGAAAGAUCUGUUGGAUCAUCGAGAUGAUUCGACGUUCAGCUUUGAUCCAUCUGUGCUGAGCGUUAAGAAGUUAAAUAAGAACAACAAAAAGAAGAUCGAUUCACGGAAGGGUGUGCUCCUCGCCUCCUACAGCAAAAAGAAGACACGACGAAAAAAGACCAAAGGUGGCAAGGACACUGCCAGCAACAAUGGCAGCAAUGGCAAUGAUCACGAACGCAAUAAAUCUCAUUCGGCGACGCCCAGUCCAGGACCAAGUCCACGUCACAGCACCAGCGAUCGACCAUCAGCGUUAACGCUGCAGGCGCAAAAGCAAUACCAACAAAUGGAGCAACAACAACAACAGCAGCAUCAGCAGCAGCAACAACAGCAGCAACAACAGCAACUACAGUUGCAGCAGCAACAACAACAACAGCAGCUGAUCAAGAGCGAACAGGUGGCGGCCACAUCGCAGCAAAAGACACGCAUCAGCUUCAGGGAGGGCAAUGUCAAGAAUCCCAAUAUGCUAUAUCCCUCCGACUACAAGGGACAGCUGAUAACGAGCAGUCGCCAGACGAGCUCCAAUUCCAGUGGCGGUGUUAAUCGCGAAUCCUCGCAGGAUGAUUCCGGUGUGGUGGACGAUCAUGAGGAGCAGGACACGGCCACUGAGCUGGGCCAUGUGUCUACCGUGGAAUUGGCACUGUCGCCGCGCGAAGUGCGUCUCAUCAAAUGCAAUGGAAAUAUAGCGCGCAUCAAGAAUCACAAUGUUUAUGCGCUGCAUCAGGAAUUCUCCUCAGAGGUGGUGGUCAUAGAUGAUCUCCCCGAUCGCAAUUGCGAUCGCUGUGUGCACUGUUGCACCGACUACGAGAGCUGGCUGCAGUUCCAAAAUUGCCUCUACAAAGUGGUGCGAGAUCCAUUGUUUGAGCUCGCCAUUACGCUGUGUAUUGUGCUGAACACAGCGUUUCUGGCCAUGGAGCAUCAUGGCAUGAGCGAAAGCUUUCGCAAUGCCCUCGAUGUGGGAAACAAGGUUUUCACGUCCAUUUUCACAUUCGAAUGCAUUGUGAAACUGAUGGCAUUGUCUAAGGAGUUCUUUCUCUGCGGCUGGAAUAUUUUCGAUCUGCUUAUUGUCACAGCCAGUCUUCUCGAUAUCAUCUUCGAACUGGUUGACGGCUUGAGCGUUUUGCGUGGUCUGCGUUUGUUGCGGGUGUUGAAGCUGGCACAGUCUUGGACGACGAUGAAGGUGCUGUUGAGCAUCAUUAUAUCGACAAUUGGUGCGCUCGGCAACCUCACGUUGAUCCUCGUCAUAGUCAUUUACAUAUUCGCUGUGAUUGGCAUGCAAUUGUUCUCCAAAGACUACACACCCGAGAAAUUUGAUCCAGAUCCAGUGCCAAGAUGGAACUUUAAUGACUUCUUUCAUUCGUUCAUGAUGAUCUUUCGCAUUUUGUGCGGUGAAUGGAUCGAGCCUCUGUGGGAUUGCAUGCGUGCCGAAGAGGAGCAAGGAGCUUCAACGUGUUUUGCCAUAUUUCUGCCCACUUUGGUCAUGGGAAACUUUAUGGUUCUCAACUUGUUCUUGGCCUUGUUGCUCAACAGUUUCAAUUCCGAGGAGCUCAAGUCAAAGAAAGAGAUUUUCAAGAAAAAGGAGGUGGGCGAAGAGUCGAAGCUGGCACGUAGCAUAGAACGUGUCCGCGAUCUUAUUCGCAAGAAGCGGCAGGAGCGCAAGGAUCGCAAGGAGCGCAAAUUUGCCGAAAAGUUUCAGCAGAUUGUGCUCGAGGCACAGCAGGCGCAUGCCACCAGCCAAGUGGCAGCCAGGGAAGUCGACAAGACCGGUCUGCUGGCGGAAACCAAGUUCCAUAGAUUAAGUUAUCAAGAAUCUAUGAACCGUCCAGUUUCUGGCUCGGAUUUUGGCUUUCAAAUUCCGCUCAGCGACGGGCUGCACACGAUAGUCGAUGGCCUGGAAUACGAUGAGCCUGCUCAGCCCACCGCUGAUGGCCAACAGCAAAUGCAAGAGCAGCCGGCUCUGGACAGUCUGCCGCCCACUUACGAGUCAGCCAUGUUGUCCGCCUCGAUCAAUGGCCAUGUCAACGCUCAAGGUAAUGGCAGCACCAGUGGCUGCGAUCAGAAUCUGACGCCAGUGGCGCUGGCAGAGCGUAGCCGGCUGCAGCAUCAGAUCUCCUCGGGCGUGGGCACCCAGCAAAAUGAUUCUAGGGAUGAGGCCACCUAUACGGAGUCCAUUGAGCUGCGUCUGCUUGGCCAAUAUAACUCAACGGACACAGAUCCGUAUGCCUAUGCGCCCGAUCAACGCAGCGGAUCCUUUGCACGCGGUGACUCGCUGCAGGAUGCGGACGAGGCGUAUCUCAAGUACCAAAAGUCACUGUUAACGCGUUCGCCCAGUUAUCGCAAGUCCCUCGAUCGCUUGUCGCAAUCCAGCGGACAGUCACAACGCUCGCUGUUGCCCUCACGCAGCCUAAAGUCCGAGGAGAGCGCCAUGCGACGGCACUCGAGUGGACACUCUCUGAACUCCAUAUCGCUGGAGCAAGACGAGCUGCUGUCGCAGGCGAAUCUGCGCGAGGAGCUGCUCAAUUGUGAUCAAAAGGAAUUGUUUCAGUUUCUGCAGGACGAUGAGGAGCUGUUGGGCAAAAAGAAAUUAACCACGAACAGCAUCAAAUCGAAUCUCAGCUACAUUUCCAAUUCGAUAAUGCAAACGCUGGAUUCGCGGCACAGUGGCAGCCACUCCAGUCAUGCGAAUGGACAGCCGGAGAGCGAACCGUUGAUGGAGCACUCGGAAUUUGACAAUAUCAUACAGAGCUUUGAGAAGGAACUAGAGGAGAUUAAACGCUCGACCAGUUCGCUCGAGCGCAAGAUCUCAACGCUUUCGGAACCAUCGCCAGCUGCCGAUGAGGCAACGAAAGCGAUAAUGGAUCACAUAGCAAUCAUAACAGGCGCCUCGGAACGCACCGCGGCCGAUGAGGUGGUGCAUCCAUUGAAUCCCUACGAUAGUUACGAUCUGUCCAGCGUGCCGCGACGCUCGCAAUCCGUUAGCGCUGCCGCCCAGCGGCAGUCCGUAAAGUUGAAGCGACGCAGCCUUGAGAAGCAGCGCAAGAUCGACGAGGACUUUAGCAUAUCGAAUGAAAUACGCAAAAUCUGUGAUCAAAUCCAUGCACCAUUCGCCGCCAUGGAAGCGCUCGCUGUAGCCGCCACCAGUGGCAGCAGCAGCAACAGCAACAAUGUGACCGGUGGCCAAUCGCCAUUUGCACGUCGCAAAAACGAUCCAUUCAGCGUCCAAUUCGAUCGCUUUAAGCGUCUGUCGCUGAUCGAGCGAGUGGAGGAACUGCCCGAGGAGGAUAAGCCCAUAUCGACGCUGCGCAUCGAGUCGGAGAAGAUGCCGCGAAAGUUUCUCAACAGUGACAAACUGCGCAUGGAUAGUCUGUCGCUGAAGAGCACCAACUCGUAUGAGAAUCUGCUCAUCCAGAAGCAAAUGUGUCGCGAUGGCGGCAUGGGGCAUGCAAUGGGCGUGCCGGCGACGCCGCCAACGUCCCUCAAAUCGAGCAUUGAGCCACCAACACUGGCGCAAAUUUCAUCGCUAAAGGCAACACCGCCGCUGGCUGCCCUCACGGAGCAUCAGCAGCACUAUCAUGCCACAAGCAUACAAGCCACAAGCAUAGCAACCACAACCACAAUACCAACAACAGCAAUGCACCCAACGGCUGUGGGCGCGACCAGUAGUAAACGUCGCGCCGAGCAUCCACAAUCGACACUAGACAAAGCCGCAUCCUUUCAAUCGGCGCGCACCGAAUCGCACAGUUCGGGCGCAGCGGAUAGUAGCUCGGGAUUGGGCCUCGGCCUGGCACUGGCCAGCAAUCGGUCAAUGUCCAAUGGCCAUCAAGAACAACGACGACGGGCUGGUGAGAAGACUGAAACGACUGAGCAGACCACCACGACCACCACAAAAGCGUCGUCGGCGUUCUCACGACUGACCGAAAAACCAUGGCAUUGUUUGGUUUCCUACGUAGACGAUCUCACUGUCGGUGGGAGACGUAACUCGCAGGGCGCUUACAAUGAUCCCAUGACUUUUCCGAGCUUUGGCCAGGCAAAGCCGCCAAAAGUGCCAGACGAUUGCUUCCCCCAAAAGUGCUACGAUCACUUCUACUUUCGCUGUCCGUGGUUUAUGUCCUGCAUGGACACACCGAGUGCGAAGCACUGGACACGAGUAAGGACGGCAGUCUUGACGGUUGUCGAUACUCCAGCUUUUGAGUGGUUUGUGCUAGUGCUGAUCUUUGCGUCAAGUAUUACGCUCUGCUUCGAAGACAUCUAUCUGGAUAGCAAUAAGACCCUUAAACGCGUGCUCUACUGGACCAACUUCUCCUUCUGCCUCAUCUUUGUUGUCGAAAUGGUGCUCAAAUGGCUUGCGCUAGGCUUCUCCAAGUAUUUUACCAGCUUCUGGACGAUACUUGACUUUAUCAUAGUGUUUGUAUCUGUUUUCUCGUUGCUUAUCGAGGAGAAUGAGAACCUUAAAGUGCUGCGUUCGUUGCGCACACUGCGAGCUUUACGUCCGCUGAGAGCCAUCUCUAGGUGGCAAGGAAUGCGGAUUGUAGUAAAUGCUCUCAUGUAUGCAAUACCAUCAAUUUUCAAUGUACUUUUGGUUUGUUUAGUUUUUUGGUUGAUUUUCUCCAUAAUGGGUGUGCAAUUCUUUGGUGGUAAAUUUUUCAAAUGCGUCAAUGAGUUGGGCGAGUUGCUGCCAAUUACUGAAGUGAACGAUAAAUGGGAUUGCAUAGAGCAGAAUUACACGUGGAUCAACUCAAAGAUUACCUUUGAUCAUGUGGGCAUGGGAUACUUGGCUCUGCUUCAGGUCGCCACCUUUGAAGGCUGGAUGGAGGUGAUGGCUGAUGCCGUGGAUGCUCGGGGAGUGGAUCUGCAGCCACAGAGAGAAGCCAAUUUAUAUGCGUAUAUUUAUUUUGUUAUAUUUAUUGUGUGCGGAUCGUUCUUUACACUCAAUCUAUUCAUUGGAGUUAUCAUUGAUAAUUUCAAUAUGCUCAAAAAGAAGUAUGAAGGAGGAGUGUUGGAAAUGUUUCUCACCGAAUCUCAAAAACAUUAUUACACCGCUAUGAAAAAAUUGGGACGAAAGAAACCACAGAAAGUUAUUAAGCGACCUAUAAAUCAUUUUUUAGCUAUGUUUUAUGAUUUAUCCAAUUCGAGAAGAUUCGAAAUUGCGAUCUUUGUACUGAUUUUUCUCAAUAUGCUUACGAUGGGCAUCGAGCACUACGAUCAGCCUCAUGCCGUCUUCUUUAUCCUGGAAGUAAGCAAUGCCUUUUUCACAACAGUCUUUGGUCUUGAGGCCAUCGUAAAGAUUGUGGGAUUGCGUUAUCAUUACUUCACUGUACCGUGGAAUGUGUUUGACUUUUUGCUGGUGUUGGCCUCCAUCUUUGGCAUACUCAUGGAGGACAUUAUGAUCGACUUGCCCAUAAGUCCAACGCUGUUGCGUGUGGUGCGAGUCUUUCGCAUUGGUCGCAUCCUGCGUCUCAUUAAGGCUGCCAAGGGUAUACGGAAAUUGUUGUUUGCCCUCGUUGUCUCGCUGCCAGCGUUGUUCAAUAUUGGCGCUUUGCUCGGACUGAUCACGUUCAUCUAUGCGAUACUGGGCAUGUCGUUGUUUGGCCAUGUCAAACUGCAGGGCGCACUCGACGAUAUGGUUAACUUUCAGACCUUUGGUCGCAGCAUGCAGCUGUUGUUUCGCCUAAUGACAUCGGCGGGCUGGAAUGAUGUAUUGGAGUCACUAAUGAUACAGCCGCCGGACUGUGAUCCGUUCUUCAAUCGACAAACGAACGGCGACUGCGGUCAUCCACUACUGGCUAUCACCUAUUUUACGAGCUUCAUUAUAAUCAGUUAUAUGAUUGUGAUUAACAUGUACAUUGCCAUCAUCCUGGAAAACUUCAAUCAGGCGCAUCAGGAGGAAGAGAUUGGCAUUGUUGAAGAUGACUUGGAAAUGUUUUACAUACGUUGGUCCAAAUAUGAUCCACAUGCCACCCAAUUUAUACACUUCUCGCAACUGUCCGAUUUUAUUGCCUCACUCGAUCCACCAUUGGGCAUCUCGAAGCCCAAUAAUGUCGCUUUAGUGUCAUUUAAUCUGCCCAUCUCUAAGGGUAAUAAAAUACACUGUCUCGAUAUUUUGCACGCGCUAGUUAAGCACGUGCUAGGUCAUGUCGAGGAGACCGAUAACUUCAAACAGUUGCAGGAACAAAUGGAUGUCAAGUUCAAGAAACAGUUUCCAACGCGCAAAGAAUUGGAAAUUGUUUCGUCGACGCGGAUCUGGAAGCGCCAGGAAAAGGCGGCUAAGACCAUUCAAACCGCUUGGAAGGACUAUUUGCGGCGUAAACGCGAAAAGGAACGGUCCAAUUCAGGUGAUAGCGCCACACAGAACUCCAGUCCCGGUGGCUGGCAAUCGAAGCUCUCUGCGCUUAACUUUUUCCACCUGCAGGUAAGCCGUCGUGGCACUGCCUGCUCGAGUCGCGCCUCAUCCCGCAAAUCAUCGCGUGCCUCGGAUGCGUCAGAUCUAAGCGAACUCGCUGGACCUUGGCUUAAUCUGCCAUUAAUGCUGGUCUCUGGCGCUGAUGAUGUGGUCAAGGAUAUUAAGCAGCAAAGCGAUGAGCUGGGCAAACGCGGAUGGACCAGCACCGGAGGUGAUUGUAACGAAGCCAUCGCCGGAACAGCAAACGCAUCCGCUGGCGCAUGGACAUUCGCUCAGUCUGCGACCCGACAAUGCAACGUUAGUGCAUGUGCUGGUGCAUCGCGAGAGCGAGGAGUACAAGGAGGAGGACGACGAGUGUAGCCAGUCAUCGCACGUCAGUCACAGCACAUCGAAUAGCAAUGGCAAUGGCAAUGGGCAUGAGAAGCCGAAGCCACCGCAGAUACGCAUCAGUACCGGUUCCGCAGAAAGCGCCAUGGAUAGCUGUCUAAUGCCCACGGUGCAGAUCAUGGUUGACAGUCCUAAGGAGCCGCCACGAGGUGACUUUAGCAUGGACAGCGGUUUUGCCAAUGCACCGACAACCCCUGCAAUUGAUGUCGAUACGCCGAUCGAUGUCAAUGUGCAGGGCGAUACAUCGCAAGUGUUCUACGAUUACAAUCCCGAGUCCAAUGUUGUGCAUACAACUGACAUGGCUGUUACCAUUGAGGAGGGAGAGCAACAAACACAUGCACCUGUUGCCGAAGUCAGUGCAUGCAUUGACGACCAGCAAAGAUGACCUUCAAUCAAUGCGGGAGAGUCAGAGAGACAUCAGGAUCAGCAAUCCAACAGCAAGAGCAACAGCAAUACGAGCACCAUUACCAGCAGCAACAGUUGCAGCAGCACCAGCAGCAGCAGCAGCACCUCAUCAGCUAGCCAGUCAACAGGAGUCGGCGGGCAGCGCCCAAGUUGACAAUCUCCAGUCUGAGAGAAGUUUCCAUUAGUAUUUGGAAGCGCACUUAUAGCCGGGGCAACGCACUUGCCCCUUUGUUAUUAUAGUCGAUUAAUUAUACAAGUAUAUACAUAUGAAACAGACCUACUUACUAGUCGCUUUAUACGAUUCUUCAAUGGAACUAUCCAGUGUUUAUAUAUAUCCAUUCAAUGCUGGCUUGGUAACAGUGCGCUGUGCGUCCAGCCAAGUCUAGUUUAGUUUAGCUUAGUUUAGUUUAGUUAAAUUUAGCUUAGCCUUAGCUUAGUUUAGUUUACAACAAAAAAAUCAAUAUAAACUCUGUGUUAACAAAACGUGCAUUAAACCGUACAGUGCGUACACGUUGUAAUACUCAAAUCAAAUCAAAACAAAAAGCAACAGCAAAUUAAUACACUAACAUUAACAUUAAUAUUAACAUUAACAUUAAUCUAACUAUAAAUAUAAAAUUGAAAAUAUGAGAUAGUAUAAAUAGGGUCUAACUAAUCGGUUGGUAUUUUUGUUUAGUCGUCAAUCAAUCAGUCAGUCAAGUAUAUGUAUAUACAACUACUCGUAUAUACAUAUAUAUAUAGGCCGAUUUCGAAGAUAUUUUGAAGGUUGUUUUUAAUUAUACAAUAAAAUGCAAUACGAUACAGAAUUACAUAGAAUUAUACAUAAAUGCAUAUUGUAACUAACAAAUUCGUGGCGUAGUCUUAGGCUCGUGUAUUCGUAAUGAUAGAGUUUCUUUUUCUUUAGCACAAUAUAUAUACUUAUCUCUACAUAUAUAUAUAUUUUGUACAUAUGCCAAAGGAAGUAUUUUAAAGUAAUGAAAAGCUAAUAAUAUACAUAAAUUUAUUCAUAGCAUUAAAUGAAAAUAAAACAUACUAUAUAACAUAUAUGUUAUGUAUAAAUUAGUUAGCAACGAUUGUAUAAAAUAUUUACGAGAGGUUUUCUGUUGAGAUAUUCAAAUUACCAUUACAACUACGACUACAGUCUAGAUUAUAUUAUCCGUACCGAUUGUUCAAGUACAAAAAAUCGAAGUAUUACCAAAUAGUAGAUUUCAAUACUGUCCUUCGUCCCCUUGUGUCCCCAUUCUCAUGCUAUUCAACACAAUCUCAAUGUAAACUCAAUCUCAAACUCAAACUAAAGCCAAAACAAGAAGUCAAGUGAUUUAACAUUCCAAAAAAGCAAUUUAACUCGAAUCAAGUGCAAUUCGCACAAUAAAUCGUUUAAUAGCUAAGAAGACCCAAUCGGGUUAUAGACUCGUAAUUAUUUGUACUACAAAAACACACUGAAGAUGUUAUCGUACUUAAUGCAGCUACAUCAUCAACGACAACUAUGUACGUAUGUACCAGAUCUUUAUUAGCCAGUUGAAUGAAGAACCACAGUCCUACCUAAGCAAUGUGCAUUGUGUACCAGUGAGAACUUUUAUUGUUAUUAUUAUUAUUAUACUUAGCAUACAUACAUAUUAAAUUAUACAUUUACUUAUGAUCUUAACACUAUAUCGAAUACUCUUACCAUAGGCAUACAUACUACCAAGUGUUUUUUAUUUAGUCUAACUAAAACGUGAAAUCAAAAUUGCAUUAAUGAUCGAUCUUCUAUACAAAGCUUCCACGAACAUACUCGUACAUACUCGUGCAUACAUUUAUAUACAUAAUUAACAAAUUAUAUACAUAUGUACUACUAUAUCUUUACAUACAUAUACACAUACUUAUACCAACUAUAUUUGUAUCUACAUAUACUUUAGGCCUUGGCCGAGUUUCAAAGAAACUGAUUUGAAAUGUUGUUUUCUAUUAUUAUUAUACAUAUUGUAUAUUCUGUGAGAAUUGAUUGUGUGUGUUUAGGUUAUACUACAUAGGUAUGGGAUGUAUGUAUAUGCAAUCAUAUUAAGUUUCCACAUCGAACACAGGAUACUGGACAAGUCAAAAAAACUGAUAACAUACGACACUCUGCAGCAAUCAGUGCAGCGCACACUUUUACACUUCUACUCGAAAACUCUUUCUAACUUAACAACAGACAAUCAGACAGCGAUUGAUAUAAAAUUGAAAUUAUGGUACCAAUUAAAUCGUUAUCUCCAAUACAAAAAAAAAAAACAAAUACAAAAUAAAA